GCGGCGGGGGUCUCGGGGCGCGGGGACCGUCGCAACGAGUUGCGGUCCCGAGUAGGGGCUGGGGCGCUCCGGGGCCGCCGACCCGUCCCCCCCUUAGCCCGGGGAAAGCGGGACCCCGCUCGGCUGAGUUAGUUUCGCUUUUCCCGCCAGUCCGAGUCGGGAUUGGCGGCGCGGCCCGGUCCCCCGUCGGGGCGCCCCCACCCUCCCGCAGCGCCUCCCCCAGGGAGCCUGCCGGGGACACCCGAGCGCCGCCCUCCCUGCCGCCGCGGAGCCGCCGCGGCUUCUCCCAGCAGCGGAGGGAGAGCCGGAGGGUUGUCAGGAAAUCGAUUAAAUCAGAAAAACAAGGGCGGCCUGGGCCCGCGGGAGGAACCGCGGAUGGGUCACAGUCCCCGGGCGUGUACUGGGCUCGGUGGCGUCCAGGCUCCGGUGAGGACGGGACGGCCCCGAGGGGAGGGUGCGGGUCUGCAGGAAGAGCGGGUGUCUCUGAGAGUGCAUCUGCGUGUGUGUUUGUGCGUGUCCUUGUGAAUAUGUGCCUGCGUAGGAGUGUCUGUGUGUUCAUGUGGGGGUGUGUGUGUCUCUUAAGUGCAUCUGUGUAUUUAUGUGCCUUUGAGUGUGUGUAUGAGUCUGUGUGUCUGUCAAUGUGUGCCUGAGACUCUAAGUGACUGUGUGUGUGUGUCUCUGAGUGCGUCUUUGUGUAUUUGUGUGUGCCUCUCUGUGUAUGUGUGUGUCUUUGUGAGUGUGUGUCUGUGUGUGAGUGUGUAUAUAUCUUUGGGUGUGUGUCUCUGCAAGUUUGUGUCUCUGAGUGUCUGUCUCUGCAAAUGUGUGUCUCUGUGUCUUUGUGUCUGUGUGUGUCUUUGUGUGCGAGUGUGUGUCUUUGUGUCUCUGUGUGUCUUUGUGUGUCCACACGUGUGUCUCUGUGAGUGUCUGUCUCUGUGUCUGUGUCUCUGAGUGCGUCUGUGUAUGUGUGGGUGUCUGUGUGUCUCCAAGUGUGUGUCUGUGUGUCUUUGUGUGUGUUUCUCUGUGAGUGUGUGUGGGGACCAUCCAGGGGGCCCUCUGGUUCCUAGGUACUGCUCCUCAUGGUGAUUUCUUUGCUUGGUUCUGGAUAGCCGGGCAUGCUGGGCCACAGACACCCCACUAGGCAAGCCCUGCUGGUGCCCCCGAGGAGAGCGCAGGCUCUUCCUCUCUCCAUUUCUCUGAAAAUGAACUACACAGUUUGGGGGUGAGUUGGCAGGGGCUGCUUCCUGAGUGAGUAAUAUUUAAUUAAACACUCCAGUCUGUAGCAUCAGAAACUGGUCAUGAGUUGAGUUUUAACAGGUGUUCAUGGUAAAAGCGCCAUCCCUGGUGACUAAGGUUUGGUGUCCUUGGAAGAAUUUUCUCGUUGAGGGGGCUGGGCCCACAACUUCAUUUCUCAUCGUGGGGUGUGAGGAGAACAGCAAGCAAAGAAGGGGAUGGGGGCCUCUCCCUUCUGCCCUGUCCCCCUCCUCAGACCCCCCUCCCAGUGGUGGAAAGCCCUGGGCUAAGCAUGGGCGACACAGGUGGUCUCUCCCCACUGAGGAAUUUUGGAGUCAGGGAAGUCCUGUCUUACUGUCUAGGCCAGCCUGUCCUAGAGAGGCCCAGAGAGGGUGGUUCACUUACCCAGACUGCACAGCCAGGGCUGUGGACCAAGACUCCCCAGUCCUGAAACUGUUGCUGUUGGUUACUGUCCCCAGCACUGAGGUCAUGGGCCAGGCACUUGGUGUCUCCCCAGCUGUGAAGUGAUGGGCUGGAUUAGAUCAUUUAAAGCACUCCUGCUCUCUUACAGCUGCUUUUCUUCUGCAGGGAGCACUUUACCCAGUAGAUGGAGUGUGAGUGUGUGUGUGUGUUUGCGGUUGGGGAGGUGUGGAGUGGACUAAGGCAAUCACUUUACAAGUCUUCCUUUUCCAGUCUGGCUACCACCCUAGCAGCAGAGAAAACAAAAGCAGUAGCACGUUGGCCCCAGUGGCUCAGACAGCCCCGAGCAGGGAGCAAGGCGGGUGCCAUGCCGGCUUCAGAGAGGCCUGGCCCUGGGAAGAAUCAGUGGGUUUCAGGGCUCUUAGGAAGGAGUGGUCCUGCCUGGGGCCCUGGUGAUGUCACUUUGGAGCUGGGUGAGGCCGUUUCUUGGGCUGCUGUAGUAAGGCUGGAUCCACCCUUCAGUGGGUUCCUCUGGGCUGCUGCAAAAUCUCACCCCCUUGGAAUCAUCACAGAUGUUUAAUUUCUUCACCAGAGCUGGGGAAUGGGGUGGGGGCCUAGCCCGUGGAAGCCAGCGCUGCCCUCCCACCCCCAUGGUAUGUGCCGUGCUCCCUUCCUGCACCUGCCCCUCCUCCUGGGUGGAUGGAAACUUGCCUGCAGACGCAUUUUCAAAUUUGGCGAAACCUCUGAUUCUUAUGGUGUUCAUGAGUUCGUCUGAGCAUUUUGUAUCAAUUCUUCUCGAGACAUAGGUUUUAGCUGGUGUGCAUGACUCAGUAUAUCUUUUUGUUCUGAAAAAUUUUAUCAGACGAAAGCACAAGGUCAGGUACAGGUGUGCCUCAGUCUGCCCAGGGGUGUGUUAUCCUCUCCCCAGCCCUCAACACUAGAUCAGUGAAAUCCAGACUCUAAGGGACUUUGAUUUUGGACUUUCAGUGAGUGCUCUCCCCUCCCCCAGUUGCCUGAUAACAUCUCCCCCAGUCUAAAGUUCCACUGGCAGCCAGGUGCCCGGCUCUGUGCUACAGAGUGCUUUAUGGACGUGACUUUGUUUGAAUCCUAAGCAUAAUAAUAGCGGGAAAUGGUUUCAUGGUUUCACGGUGUGCGCGAGUACUGGCUCUGAUCUGAGUCCUUGACGCAUUGACUCAUGGGCUUCCUGAGGACCCUGAGAAGUGGGUUUUGCCUCCAUGUCCAUUCUGCUGAGGAUUGCAGGUAACUUGGCUAAGGUCUCGCGGCAAGGGAAUGGUGGAGCCAAAACUCGAAUCCAGAUUUGGCACCCAAGCCCUUCACCAGUAAGUUUGUCACCUCCACCACCUGAGCCUUUUCUUCAAGAAGCAUGGGCUCAUUUUUUAGUGAAAUUUUUUGUUAUUAUGGAAAAUGUCAAACACACCAAAGUUAGAGGCAGAGUAUAAUGAGCGAUCAGGUUUCCUCACCUCGCAUGCACACACAUACACAUACUCACAUAUGCACAUGCAUACUUAUGCUCACAGAAGAUGUGCACAUGUGUACACACACAUAUACAAACGUGUGCAUGCACACAUACAUAUGCACACACAUAUAUGCACACAUACACACACACGCUGGAUUAUUUUGAAGCAAAUACAAGAUGUCAGGUCAUCUGUAGCUUCUUCCUAAGAAGCAUUUAAAGGAAGCAUCACGUCUCAAAGAGGUUGACUGUUACUCUAUGCGGGGCAAGAGUCGGGAGAUGUACGUCCUUUCUGACUUGGGCUUGAGGCUCCUUCCUUGCUUGGACAAAGGGAGGAUGGCAAAACCCAACAGCACAUUGGGGGAUCUGUCCUGCUGCCAACCCCCUGAAACCUUUGGGAAGCUGCCUGUUUGCUUUGUGUUUUAAAAGUUCUGUUCAUUGCCCAACGUUAAAAAUAAAUGAGUCCAGUGGUCAUGAGACAGACCACAUCAACAACAGGCUUAGGCUCUCGGGGCCUUUCUUGGAGAUGGGGAAGAGAAUCCGCCAAGGCACAGCCCAGCCUUGCCUGCCAUUGAGGUCCAGACCUUGUGCAAUGCAGGCAUGGGAUUUGUGGCAGGGCUGGGUGUCAGGAGAUGUGACUGUGAGAAUGGUUUGUCAACAAGCUCUGAAUCUGACCUGAAGCUUAGCCUGACCCUCUUGAGUUUACUGCGUAGGCGAUGGGUGGAGGAAUCCAAGAACCUCUGCCACCCUUGGGCGUCUCUUGGAAAAGUAGGGAGGCAUUGGGUGAUUUGAGCACAAGAUGAAGAAAGUAUCAGGAUGCAAACUCCACACUUGAGAAAUGACUGCUGAGUAGGAAUAUAGGAUUCUAGGGUUGGAAAAACCUACCUGUGAGAAGGGCUUGACAGGUGCCCCAGUUGUGAACACACCUUGCCAGACAGUCUGAGUGUGGCCGAUCUGGUCACACCCUUUCCAAGGUCAGAGUGAGGAGCUGUACUCCACGCCAAGAGAACCACUUGAGUUUUCUUAUUUAUAUAAGCAGACACCAAGGGAGCAUGAGUGGGAGUGGAUAUUAGGAUGUGGAAUGAACAUGAAGUUGGAUCCGGCCGAAUUUAUGGAUAUGGGCCAACUAAGCGGAGAUUCUGCACUUGGUGUUGUAGCUCAGGGGGUUAAGAAGAGAUCUGUUUGGUUGGCUGACUGGAACAUGGAUCAAAGGAUGACCCACUGUGAGUGAGUUGGAGUUUCUGGGUCUCCUUUGGUUUAAUAUAGAGUUAGGGAUUCAUAGGCUUGGGUUUCAUGUAGAGUUAGGGAUUCAAAGGCUUAGGGACAUUGGAAUGCUGGAGUGGAUUUGUCUCUUAAAAGCUACUCACCCACACUGGGAAGAUUCAGAAGACAGAUCUUUCACCCAUACGUUGAGAAAUAGAUUUGUGAGGGGGGCCCCAGCAUCCCUGAAGAGCUCCAUGAUCCAGCCCUUACAGUGGGAGCCGCAGUCACUCAAAUGGAAAACUUAAAUGCAACGGGAGUAAUUGCAUUUGGAGUGCAGGGGCCAAGUGGCAGUACUCAGCCAUCCAAGGCAAGGUGAGUGUGGUUACCUAAUGGAUGGCAGAGGCAAAGCUGCCGUCAGAAUAGUCUGACUUGUGUGGAUCUAUGGCAUUGGAUAGUUAAUCAUGGUGUUCCUAGAAGUGAAAUAGACAGGAAACCUGUGAAAUUCUUACUUGAUCUUGUAAGUUACUUGAUUCUUUUAAGUUUUCUGUAUAAGCAGAAACUUACAGGUCAAAUGAAAAAAAGUCUAACUUGAAUAAUUAAAACAGAAAAAUAAUUACAACAGAAAAUCACAGCCCUCAAUCAACUUCCCAGACUUAACCCAGUUUACACAACUAAGCCCCCAUGAAUGAAUGAAUGAAUGAGUGAAUGAAUGAAUGAAUAAGUGAAUGAAUGAGUGAAUGAAUGAAUGAAUGAAUUGGAAGCUGGGUCCCUUUGAAGAAGGACCUCAGUACACUAGAGAAAGUUUAUGCUAUUAAUUUUUCUCCUAGCCUUCCUCAAAGGGACCUGUGACCUUUUACCAGAGUGAAUAUGUAUUGAGGAAAGGGAAAUAAUUAGACUGUUCAGGGAUAGCUGGUUACUGAACUGAUACUGAUUCCAGGAAACCAAAAAUAUCACUCACUGUGGCCCACUAGUCAGAGAAGGGGCUUAUGGAGGUCAGGUGAUCAAUGGAGUUUUAGCUUAGGUUUGACUCCUGGUGGCUCCCGUGGAUCCCUGAACCCAUCCUGGGGUUAUUUCCUGGUUCCAGAUUCAAAGUUGACAUACUUAGCGCCUAGCAGAAUCCACGCACUGAUUCCCUGCCUUGUGCGGUGAGGGCUAUUAUGGUGGGAAAGGCCUAGUGGAAACCAUUAGCGUUGCCUCUGCCUAGGAAAAUAGUACAUCAAAAGCAACAUUGCAUCCCUGGGGUGGGGCUGCAGAGAUUAGCACCACCAUCAAGGACUUGGAGGAGGCGGGGGUGGUGACCCCCACCACAUCCCCAUUCAACUCUCCGAUUUGGCCUGUGCAGAAGACAGAUGGACUUUGGAAACUGAUAGUGGAUUAUUGUAAACUUAACCAAGUGGUGACUGCAAAAUUCACACAUCUCUGGUCCCUGCUACUGCAUGCAGCUGUUGAUCUGACGAAUGCCCUUCUCUUUAUACCUGUCCAUAAGGCCCAGCAGAAGCAGUUUGCAUCCAGCUGGUAAGGCCGGCAAUGCCCCUUGGCGGUCUGGGCUGAUGGGUAUAUCAGCUCUCUAGCCCUAUGUCACAGUUUAGUUCACAGUCAUCUUGAUCACCUUUCCCUUCCACAAAUAUCAUGCUGGGGCUGGGUGCGGUGGCUCACUCCUGUAAUCCUAGCACUUCAGGAGGCCGAGGCAGGAGGAUCGCUUGAACUUAGGAGUUUGAGACCAGCCUGGGCAACACAGUGAGACGUCAUCUCUCUCUCUCUCUCUCUCUCUCUCUCUCUUUGAGAUGGAUUUUUUGCUCCUGUUGCCUAGGCUGGAGUGCAAUGGUGCAAUCUCGGCUCACUGCAACCUCCGCCUCCCAGGUUCAAGCAAUUCUCCUGCUUCAGCCUCCUGAGUAGCUGGGAUUACAGGCAUGCGCCACCACACCCAGCUAAUUUUUUGUAUUUAGUAGAGACAGGGUUUCACUAUGUUGGUCAGGCUGGUCUUGAACUCCUGACAUCAAGUGAUUCACCCGCCUUGGCCUCCCAAAGUUCUGGGAUUACAGGCAUGAGCCACUGCGCCCGGGCCGAAAUCAUCUCUAUAAUUUUUUUUUUUUUUUAAUUAGCCAGGCAUGAUGGUGUGUGCCUGUGGUCCCAGCUACUUGGGUGGCUGAGGUGGGAGGAUUGCUUGAGCUCAGGAGUUUGAGACCAGCCUGGGCAACAUAGUGAGACAUUAUCUCUACAAUUUUUCAAUUAAAAAAAUUUUUUUUUUUUUAGGCAGAGUCUCACUUGAGCUUGGUUCACUGCAUCCUCUGCCUCCUGGACUUAAGUGAUUCUCGUGCUUCAGCCUCCCGAGUAGCUGGGCUACAAGUGCGCACCACCACGCCCAGCCAAUUUUUUUUUUUUUUCAGUAGAGAUGGGGUUUCACCAUUAUCGUCUUUACAAAAACCUUUUAAAAAAAUUAGCCAGACAUGAUGGUGCAUUCCUGUGGUCCCAGCUACUUGGGUGGCUGAGGUGGGAGGAUUGCUUGAGCCUAGGAGGUCAAGACUUGCAGUGAGCAGUGAUUGUGUUACUUUACUCCAACCUGGGCAACAGAGCAAGACCCUGUCUCAAAAAAAAAAAAAAUAGGGUCUCAUGCUGGUCCAUUACAUUGAUGUCAUUAUGCUUCAUUGGACCUAGUGAGCAAGAAGUCGCAACCACUGUAGCCUUAUUGGUAGGACAUUUACAUGUCAAGCGAUGGGAAAUAAAUUCUACUGAAAUUCGGGGACCUUCUCCCUUAGUGAAAUUUCUCGGGGUCCAGUAGUGUCAGGCCUGUGAAGGUAUCCCCUCUAAGGUGAAGAAUAAGUUGUUACAGCUUUCCUCCUGCAACCAAGAAAGAGGCACAAUGCCUCGUGGGCCUGUUUGGACUUUGGAGGCAACACAUUCCUCAUUUGGGUGUGUUACUCCAGCCCAUUUGCUAAGUCGCCCUAACGCUUCUAGUUUUGAGUGGGGCCCGUAGCAGAAGACUGCAACAGGUCCAGGCUGCUGUGCAACCUGCUUUGCCGCUUGGGCCACCAGCAGAUCCAGUGGUGGUUGAGGUCAGCGGCAGACAGGGAGGCUGCUUAAAGCCUUUGGCAGGCCCCUGUAGAUGAAUCGCAGUACAGGCCUUGGGGUUCUGGAGCAAGGCCCUGCCAUCAUCCACAAAUAACUUCAUUCCUUUUGAGAGACAGCUCUUGGCCUAAUACUGGACCCUAGUAGAGACUUAAUGUUUGACCAUCAGCCACGAAGUUGCCGUGUGACCUGAGCUGCCCAUCAUGAAGUGGGUGUUAUCUAUGAUCUGACCGACCAAACCAGACAUUGGGCAUGUGUGGCAGAACGCUGCCAUCGAGAGGAAGUGGUAUAUAUGGGAUCAGGUCUGAGCAGGUCCUGAAGGCACAAGUAAGUGACAUGAGGAAGUGGUCCAAAGGCCCAUGGUUCUUACUUUGCCCACUGCCUUCUCUCUCCAGCCUGUAUCUAUGGUCUCCUGGGGAGUUCCCUCUGAUCGGUUGACAGUGGAAGAGAAGACUUAGUCAGCCUGGUUUGCAGAUGGCUACAGAUGGCUCUGCACUAUAUGAAGGCACAACCCGAAAGUGGACAGCUGCAGCACUAUAGCCCCUUGCUGGGACACCUCUGAAGGAUGGGGGUGAAGGGAAAUCCUCCCUGGCAGAGCUUCGGGCAGUGCACCUGGUUGUGCACCUUGCUUCGAAGGAGAGAUGGCCAGAUGAGUGAUUAUAUACUGAUUCAUGGGCUGUGCCUGAUGAUUUGGCUGGAUGGUCAGAGAUUUGGGGACUUGGAAAGAAUAUGAUUGGAAGAUUGGUGACAAAGAAAUCUGGGGGCCUGGCAUAGUGGCUCACACCUGUAAUCCCAGCACUUUGGGAGGCCAAGGUGGGAGGAUUGCUUGAGCCCAAGGAGUUCGAGACCAGCCUGAGCAACAUAGUGAGACUCCCCGCCCCUGCCAUCUCUACAAAAAUAAAAAAUUAGCUGGGCGUGGUAGCUCAUGCCUGCAGUCCCAGCUACUUGGGAGGCUGAGGUGGGAGGAUCACUUGAGCCUAGGAGGUUGAGGCUGCAGUGAGCUGUGAUUGCUCCAGCCUGGGCAACAGAAUGAGACCCUGUAUCAAAAAACCCAACCAAACAAAAAAGCAAUUGGGGGAAGAUGUAUGUGGAUAGACCUCCCGAGUGCGCACAGGACAUGAGGUAUGUGGGUAGGAUGACCUAGGUGGAUUCUCGUCAGCCUCUUUCCCUGGCCACCCCUGUCAUCGCCUGGUGGGCUCAGGAACAAAGUGGUCAUGGUGGCAGAGAUGGAGGUGAUGCAUGGGCUCAGCAACAUGGACUGCCACUCACCAAAGCCGACCUGGCUAUGGCUACCACUGGCUGCUAGUCUGCCAGAAGCGGAGACUAACACUGAGCUCCAGUAUGGCCCCAUUCCCCGGGAUGAUCACUGCACCUGGUGGAAGGCACAUUGGACCACUUCUGUUUUGGAAGGGGCAGCGUUUUGUCCUUACUGGAGCAGGCACUUAUUCUGGAUACAGAUUCGUCUUCCCUGCAUGCAGUGCUUCUGCCAAAGUCACCAUCCAUUGAUUGACAGAACACCUUUCCCACUGUCAUGCUGUCCAUGUAGCACUGCUUCCAGGGAGCUCACUUCACAACCAAGGAAGUGUGGCACUGGGAUCAUGUGCAGGGAAUUGGCCGGUGAGCACGAGCCCACUGGUUUCGCCUAUCAUGCUAAGUGAAACUACGGUCUUGUUAUUGCCUUUAUUUGGAAAUUAAUUGUGGUUUAAGAAGAUGCCAGUGGGUGCCUAUGGGUGCCAGUUGGUAAGGGGUGGACCUGUGAUGAUUGAUUUUGGAUGUCAACUUGACUAGAUUAAGGAAUACCCAGGUAGAUGGUAAAGCAUUGAUUAUUCUCUAUGCUUCAGUACACACUGAGACUGUCCCUUUUCUGCUGACAGGGAAGCCCAGUGGUUUGACAUUGUGUAGAAUGAUCGGGCUGCCCCAGAUGUGUCUGUGAGGGUGUUUUUGGAGGACACUGGCAAUGGAGUCACUCAACUGGGUGGGGAGGAUCUGCCCUCCAUGUGGGCAGGCACCAUCCAGUCAGCCGGGGGCCUGGAUGAAACAAAAAGCUGGAAGAAGGGUGAAUCCUGGCUCUCUGUCCCGGAGCUGGGAUGCUCUUCUCCUGCGCUUGGAUGUCAGAACUCCAGGUUCUCUGGCCUUUAGACUCUGGGACUCAUACGAGUGGUCUCCGGAGUCUUUGACCUGGGACUGGGAAUGACCACGUUCCCCACCAUCCUGAAGCAGCUGACUUGAAAGAAGGGCAGUAGAGUCUUUUGAAGUUGCAAUUACAAUGCCAGCUAGGUGACAAUACUUUGUAGGGCUGGGUCAGGGGUCUUCAAAAGGCUCUAUGUACUCUGUAUCAGCAUCCAAUAUAUGGUGCUGGUUUCUCCCGUAGCCAGGAUUCACGGGUCCAGGAAUCAAGGGGAGGAAAUGGGAGUGGCACUGCGCAUCAUAUCCCCUAGGGACCCACUAGCGAAAUUGUUGCUUCCUGUUCCUGUGACUUUAUGCUCUGCUGGCCUGGAGGUCUUGGUUCCAGAGAGAGGAAUGCUCCUACCAGGAGACACAACAGUGAUUCCAUUGAACGGGGGGUAAGGCUGCCACCUGGCUACUUUGGGCUCCCUGUGCCUCUGGGUCAGCAGGCUGAGAGGGGAGUGAUGGUGUUGGCUGUGGAGAUUGAUCUGGACUACCAAGGGGAGAUUGAUCUGGACUGCUCCACAAUGAGGCAAGGAAGAGUGUGUCUGGAGUACAGGAUACUCCUUAGGGCAUCUGUUAGUAUUACCAUGCCCUGUGAUUAAGUCAAUGGGAAAUUACAAGGAUACAAUCCAGGCAGGACUGUGAAUGACUCAGACCCUUCAGGAAUGAAUGUUUGGGUCACUCUGCCACUUAAAGAACCACAGCCAGCUGAGGUGCUUGUUGCAGACGAAAGGAACACAGAACAGGACAGAGGGAGGUAGUUAUAAUAAAUACCAGCUCCAACCACGUGACCAGUUACAGAAACAAGGGCCAGAAUUGCUGGGAGUAUUUCCUCCCUAUUUUGUUCAGAAUACGGUUGUAUGCAUUUACAUGUAUAUUAGGCAAAUAUCUGUUUUCUUUCCUCUCUUACUCCUUAUUCUUAGAACAUGUGUUGAGUCUAUAGCAGUAUUUAAGUAUUAAUUUUACAUCAUAGUAUUUAAGUUAUUGAGUAUCAGAGGAGAGAGGAGUGAAUAGCACUCAAGGACUGUACCUCCUCUCUGGAGAAGGGAUUAAUGUGUCUUUGGUAUGCAGGAUAGUAGUGUCACGUUAGGUGGAACUAUGACCUUGAUACUGUCCUUGGAGAUUAAGUAUGGUUUAAGGAGAUGCCAGUGGGUGCCUCUGGGUGCCAGUUGAUAAGGGGCGAACCUGUGAUGAUUGAUUUCAGAUGUCAACUUGACUAGACUAAGGAAUACCUGGAUAGAUGGUAAAGCAUUGAUGAUUCUCAAUGCUUCAGCACACACUGAGCCCAUCCCUUUUCUGCUGACAGGGAAGCCCAGUGGUUUGGCAUUUGUGUAGAAUGAUUGGGCUGCCCCAGGUGUGUCUGUGAGGGUGUUUUUGGCAUUGGAGUCACUGGACUGGGCAGGGAGGAUCUGCCCUCCAUGGGGUCAGCCACCGUCCAAUCAGCUGGUGGCCUGGAUGGAACAAAAAGCUGGAAGAAGGGCAAAUCCUGGCUCUCUGUCCCGGAGCUGGGACAUCCUCCUUCUCCUGCGCUCAGAUGUCACAACUCCAGGUUCUCUGGCAUUUAGACUCUGGGACUCAUACCAUUGGUCCCCGGGGUCUUUGGCCCGGGGCUGAGAAUGACCCCAUUGGUCUCCCUGGUUCUGAGGCCUUCAGACUUGGCUGAGCCACACUCCUGGCUCCCCUGGGUCUCCAGCUUGCAGAUGGCCUGUAGUGGGACCCAGCCUCCAUAACCGAUGAGCCAGUUCCCCUAACCCAUCCUUUCUCAUCUGUCUCUCCCUCUCGAUCCUAUGGGUUUUGCAUCUCUGGAGAAUCCUGGCUAAUGCAGUUAUGGUCGCCUUAAGAAUCUGGUGGAGAGGAAGCUGGAGCUGGAAGGCCAGGGAGAUGGCGGUUCAUAUCCCUGACCUGCCAGUUGGGAUGGAAGCUUGUGGCAUCUCCAAGGUGGCAUGGGUAGGCUUCGGUAACUAGUUGAAUGUGGGGUGUAGAGAAGGGUGAAGAAUUGCAGGUGCCUCGGGUUCCCAGCUAGUUUGGGGGUCAUCGUGAAUAAUGACCUACAGGCUGGGGGACUAGGUCCAUGGAGGUGCUUUGAACCUGUCCUAAGUGGAAGUGGUCCGAGUGGACGUGUCCAGAUGGCAACUGGGCUCAACGCGCAAGCAAUCCUCCCACCUCAGCCCCCCAGUAGCUGGGACUAUCGGUACACACCACCACCCCCAGCUAAUUUUUAAAUUCCUCACAAAGACGGUGUCUCCCUAUGUUGCCCAGGCUGGUCUCGAACUCCUGGGUUCAAGCAAUCCUCCCAAAGUGCUAGGAUCAUGGGCAUGAGCCACAGCGCUCACCCUCUGCUGCUUGGGUGCCAUUGCCCCAUCCUGGCUUAGAAAGCUCUGGCCAUUCCCUGGGCUUCACCUGCCUCCUGUGCCCAGACCCAUCUGGCAUUGCCUUCCCUACAGGGGCCUCUCCCACUUCUCCCUCUCGCCCUUGUGGCCCAUCUGCCCCCUCAGGAGAGUCCCUCUCCUCCCUUAUAGCCUCAGCCACUGUCACCUAUAUUCUGCUGACCCCGUCUCACACUCUUCAUGCUGCCUGGUCCCGCCUCGGCUGGCCCGUUCCUACCGGCUGGCCCAUACCCUCUCGCUUCACUUUCCAAAACCGGAUCCCCUCACUCCUCCCCUCUUCCCAGGGAUGUCCCCUUCAGCAGGUAGCCCUGCCAUCCACGGUCCACCCUGUCACCCAGACACAUGCACCCUCAGCCAUGCCAGGGACAGCUGCUGUUGUGGGCAGCCCGGUGACCUGUGGGCUCCAGGAGGGCAGGACCCGGCCGGCCACAUGGCUGUUGUUCACGGCUGAGUCCCCAGUAGUUAGGUCCACAGUAGGUUCUUGGACACCUGUCGGAUGAAGGAGUAACGGUAAGACCGGUGGCGUAGUGGAUCCUAGCAGGGUCUGGGAGAGCUCGAUGUGGGCCCAGGGUGUGGGUGCUGGGGGUGGGGACUCCCCGUCACGGAACUAAACUGCCAGGUGUUCCGUUCUCAGACCAGACUUCCUUCCAUGCCCCGUGGGAGGUCAGGAACUCCGAAUAAGCCUCUGUUCUCAGGAGCUGUUAGUGGACCACUUGUCAUUCAUGCUUUUAUUCAAACAUUUGCUGAGCACCUACUGUAUGCAGCCAGUCUGCUGGGGCCGAGGAUACAAAGAAUGAGGAAGCUUUCUCUGUCUAGUGGGUGAGACAGGCCCGUCUCUGCUGAUGAUAGCGCUCAGGGUAUCAGAGGACACUGGUGGCAGGGGUGGCCAGGUUGGAAAGGCGGGAAGGGUGCCCAUGUGUGGCCGAAAUGAGUGCAGAGAGGCAGGAGGGCCCACAGACCUGGGGACAUUUGUGCAAUUGCGAGUAACGUGGGAGAGGGGUUCGUGCUUUAGGGAACGAAGGCGUGUUGGGGACAGAGCAGUGGUUUUUGAGAAUCAGCCAGCAGGCUGAGUCCCAGCCAUGCUCCUGCAGCGGGAGGAACCGAGACAUGGGGGUUGCUAGAGGGCGAGCCUCACCCUUGACCCCACAGGGCAGGGACUGAGGGCACCUCAGGCGAUUGCCUGUUGCCAUCAACUGCCUUCAUCCUUUCGGGUGUGCCGAGGGAUGGCCGAGCUCUGGGCCUUCCUAGCCGCGUCCUGCAGCAGUCGGCUUUUCUGCUCUGUGGUUUCCACCACGGAGAGCAUUUGGAGCACAGCAGAGCUGGAGUGGGAGGGAUAACCAGUUUUCCUUUGUGAUGCCCAGCCUGGAGGAGGUGGAAGAUGGAUGGAGUGGAGGGGGCUGUGGGAGGUGCAUGGACUGGGGUCUGUCUAUAGUGGGGUCAGUGACAAUAGCCAUCAACGAUGUGGCAUAUCUGAGCACACUUCCAGGUGCUGUGCAUGCAUCAAGUCAUUCAGUCGUCAUAAUGUCCGUGAUACCUAUAGGGUAGGUACUACCCAUUUUACAGAUGAGAAAAACCAGGGCAACUCUGGGCCUCCCUGCCACCCAGGGGAAGAGCUGGGAGCUGAGCCCCAGCAGCCAGGCUCUCAGUCUUACUCUUCAGCACCAUUUGCCACAAAAGAGGAGCGAGGAAGAAAUGAGCGAUCCGAGAGAUAGGUCAGCAGAGUGAAUGUCACUGUGGCUGGGUAAAUAGGCUGCAGGGGGCUGAUGAGAGUCAGAAGUGGUCCCAGGUAAUGGGGAUUGGUGUCUGAGCUAAGGAGAGAAAGUAAAGUCAGCCCCAAGCAAGAUGUCCUGGACAUGCAGAUGUGUUCUGUGACAUUGGCUAAUUAGGGUGUCUUUUUUCUUUUACUUUUCUUCUUUUUUUUUUUUAAGUGGAAUCUCGCUCUGUCAUUCCGGCUAGGGUGCAGCGGCACAGUCUCAGCUCACUGCAGCCUCCGCCUCCCAGGUUCCAGUGAUUCUCCCUCCUUAGCCUCCUGGGUAGCUGGGAUUACAGGCACGUGCCACCACGCCUGGCUAAUUUUUGUAUUUUUAGUAGAGAUGGGGUUUCACCAUGUUGGCCAGGCCGGUCUCGAACUCCUGACCUCAGGUGAUCUGCCCGCUUUGGCCUCCCAAAGUGCUGGGAUUACAGGCAUGAGCCACUGUGCCUGGCCGUCUUUUCUCAGUUGAGGUGAAAUUCACAUAAUGUAAAAUGAGCCAUUUUAAAGUGAACAGGUCAGUGGCAUUUGGUAUAUUCACAAUGUCGUGCAACUAUCCCCUCUGUCUAGUUCCAAACCAUCUUCACCCCGCCGGAAGGAAACCCCAUCCACAUUAGGCGUCACCUCCCAUCCUCCCUCCCCAGCCCCUGGGAACCAAUCUGUAUUCUGAUUUGACGGGUUUGCCUGUGCUGGACAGUUCAUAUAAAUGGAACCAUACGUUGCAUGGCCUUCUGCGUCUGACUUCUGGCUAAUUAAAUUUUGCAUGGAAGAUUGAAGCAUUUCCUAAGUGGAAGCUGGAUUUCCCGUCCUGGCUCAGUUGUAGAGGCCACGUGAAGGUGGGAUGGAAGAGUCCGAUCCAAACAGCUUGUCUAAGAGGUUGGCUGGGAAAUAGGAACACCUGUCUUUCUUUCCAUAUCCCUCAUCACCAGAGACUCAGCCACCAUCCUCUUGCAGCCAGCGAUCUUGUUACUUAUUUGUAUCUUUUCCCGUUGAUCUAUUAAAAAUGACACCUGUUGUCAGCUCCCUUCUUGAGCCCAUCAGCAGUUCCCGUUGCUAUUACGGUGAAUUUGUAAAUCCGUGAUGUGGUCUUCGGGGUGCGCGUGGCCCCUCCCAGGCUUACCCUGUGUCACUCCCUCCUCGCCAUGGUCCCCCUCAACUGUGAUGCCAGAGGUGCCCCAUGGGGACCGACCCUGAGGCUGGGGGUCUGUAACUCAUGGUGCUCCUCCUCCUGGGGGGCAGGAGCUGUUUCCAGGAUUGGUUGCUGACAGUAUUGCAAUUUGGUGCCCCUUCCAAAUCCUGUUAACCCGUCUGGGACCAGAACUUCAGCUUUAGCAAGUUGCUGUCUUAAUUCCAUUCCUUCCAGUGUUUUCCAAGACAUAUCAGGCCCAAAGGGGGUGGACUGCCUCUCAUUUGACAGAGAGGAUGACAGAAGUGUGCUUAGGAGCUUCUUGCCAGUGCUGUUGGGGCAGUGCUGCAGUUGCCCUGACUGGUGGCACCUAGCAAGGGGGCCAUUUGCCCUGGGCCCAUCCUUGGUGGGGUCAUGGAUACCCAGGUCCUGCAUACCCAGCAGUAGGUCCUGCAUACCCAGGGCCCCCGGAGCCGCGGUGCCCUGACUGUGGGUCGGGGGACAGUUUCUAGAAAGCAGAUGGGUGGGGUUGCCUCAGGCACGAGAGAAAACCUAAGCUGUCAUCAACUGGGGGACCACUGGCCCCUUCCUUGUUGGAGCUCCUGACAACUUGUUCCUGCCUUUUCCCUCCCAUGCUGGGGCCGGCAUUUAGUUUAGGGUGUCUCAGAUCCCAUCUGCUGUGAGUGUGAUUCUGCCUGAAAUAGUCUUCACAUGUAUUGAUUGAAUGUGUGCCAUGAGCCAGGCGCUAUGCUUGCCACUGUAGAUGGGUUUUUAACCCCUUAAACAGUCCUGUGAGUUAGAUGUUACCUCCCGGUUUACAGAUGAGAAAGGAGGACUCUUUUUUUAGAGAGGUUUUCUGCGUUGCAGGAAGUGGCAUGACUCCCUGGAUGCUGGAAGGUGGGCCUGACCCCACAGCCUGUGUUUUUUUCUACUGCGACAGUGGAACGUGCCAGUCCUGUUGAUUGGGCACCUGCUAUUGCCAAGCACAGCUUGGGAGGCGUGUGAUGCACCUCCAGGCCCCUGAGAGCCUGUGGCCCAGCAGGUGUAUGCAGGAAACAUGAGCUCCCUGCCAGGGGCUGGGCGGGCACCAGGCCUGCGUGGGUACAGAGGGCCUCCUGAGACUGUCAGGAGGGUUUGUUCUAGGCUGGGGGGCUUCAUGGUAGGGGACCAGGAGAUUGACUGCCAUGAGGAGGACCGGGAGAAGGCCGCAGAGCUGUGUAGCAGGGAGGGCAUCAAAUGCCAGGCCCAGGGGUCGUCGGUGGGCAUGGGGUGUCCUUGCACUUCCAUGCCAUUCACCUCCAAAGUUGUUCCUGAGAUGUGCAGAUAAGCUAGACUCCCCCCUCAAUUCCUGUGUGCUCCCCUGCAGAGAGAGAGUGUGAGUGUGUGUGUGUGUGUGUGUGUGUGUGACAGAUCUCUCUCUGUCACCCAGGCUGGAGUGCAGUGGUGCGGUCACAGCCCACUGCAGCCUCGAACUCCUGGGCUUAAGCGAUCUUCCCACCUCAGCGUCCUGAGUAGCGGGGAUUAUAGGUAUGUGUCACCAUACCUGGCUAAUUUUUAAAAGUUUUUGUAGAGAUGGGGUCUCACCAUGUUGCCCAGGCUCUCCCUUGCAUUUAAAACAUGGUAAUCAGGCCAGGCACAGUGGCUCACGCCUGUAAUCCCAGCACUUUGGGAGGCCGAGACGGGUGGAUCACCCGAGGUCAGGAGUUCGAGACCAGCCUGACCAACAUAGUGAAACCCCGUCUCUACUAAAAAUACAAAAAUUAGCCGGGGAUGGUGGUGCAUGCCCAUAAUCCCACUACUUGGGAGGCUGAGGCAGGAGAAUCGCUUGAACCCAGGAGGCAGAGUUUGCAGUGAGCCAAGACUGCACCAUUGCACUCCAGCCUGGGCAAUAGUGUGUGACUUUGUCUCAAAUAAAUACAGUAGAGUAGAGUAGAAUAAAAUAGUGGUAACUGGGGGCCCUGACCAGUCUCCCUUGGGAGACCCAAUUCAACUUCCUGGUCCUUUUGUUUGGCUGUGCCUGGAGCUCUUAUCUGUCUUCUUGGGGGUUUGGCUGUGGGUCUGCCCGAGGUCCUGGGCUUCUGGCUGGGGUAGUGUUGCCUGUUGCCCUAAAGCUCUCCUCAGGUGGGGGAUGGUGAGGGGCCUGUGAUGAUGCCUCUGCACCUGCCGUGGGAAGGCCACAGAGUCUAGAGGCCAUCUGUGAUGAUGCUCCUGCACCUGCCGUGGGAAGGCCGCAGAGUCUAGGGGCCAUCUGUGAUGAUGCUCCUGCACCUGCCGUGGGAAGGUCGCAGAGUCUAGAGGCCAUCUGUGAUGAUGCUCCUGCACCUGCCGUGGGAAGGUCACAGAGUCUAGAGGCCAUCUGUGAUGAUGCUCCUGCACCUGCCGUGGGAAGGCCGCAGAGUCUAGGGGCCAUCUGUGAUGAUGCUCCUGCACCUGCCGUGGGAAGGCCACAGAGUCUAGGGCCUGUGCUGGUGGGACUUGCCUCUUGGGUUGAUCCCAGGAAGCUUCAAGCAAACUCAAGAUUCACAGGAUUCAGACAACGGUAAUUUCUGUGAGGGGCAAGGCAUCUCAUGUGAGGUUCUUGGGGCGCCUUCCUGGAUUUCUAAGGGAUAAGCUCCUGGAUAGAUCAAGAAGACCUAAAGGGCCGGGCGCAGUGGCUCACGCCUGUAAUCCCAGCACUUUGGGAGGCCGAGGCAGGCAGAUCACUUGAGGCCUGGAGUUCAUGACCAGCCUGGGCAACAUGGUGAAACCCCAUCUCUACUAAAAAUACAGAAAAAUUAGCUGGAUGUGAUGGUGCAUGCCUGUGAUCCCAGCUACUCUGGCGGCUGAGGUAGGAGGAUCACUUGAGUUUGGGAGGUCGAGGCUGCAGUGAGUUGUGAUUGCAUCACUGCACUACAGCCUGGGCAAUGGGAGUUAGACCUUGUCUUAAAAAAAAAAAAAAAAGAGAGACCUGGGCAGCAGGACUUUGUCACCUCAUUCCUCUGCAGAUGGGGGUUGGGGGAGAUUCUCAAGUGUUUCUCCUGUCUGAGGGUCUUCUCAUUUGGAGAUUUGAAGAAAGUGCUAAUGAGAAAGGUUGCCUUGCAUUUGUGAAGCUUGGGGAAGUCAUCCUAAGGGGGCCACAGCGUGCUUAAUUUAUUCCAAUUCCGUAAUAUAUAAAUUAUACGUACAUGUCAGGGUUCUUCUAAAAACACUUCGCCAUCUUUGGAAAAAUGGAAUGUUCAAAAAGAUAAAUAUGUUCCCCCCUUCUUCUAAUUGUAUCCUAUCGGGCCAAUUUUGAGCUGGUCAGUGUGAACAGAUCCUUUCUUCUCCCGCCUCUAGCCUCCCAGGCUCCCUGAAAGCCAAGUCCUCACCCCCACGCCACUCUCAGGGGUGUCUAGACAGCGCGGGAUAAAGGGUUUUUUUUUUUUUUUUUUAAUGCCUUCAUCAUGCAGCCAGUAUUCCCUGAAUGCCCGCUCUGUCCUGGCUGUCACAGUGCCUAUGCUGAGAGAGCCAUGCCCAGACAGGGCCGACCCAGGAGGCUGCGUCUGAGCUGAGUCCUGACCCAUGACUGGGGUUUCUGUCUUCCCCCUGAUGGGUCUCGGCGUGGCUGAGGUUUUGCUUUGCUGUCUGCAUUUAUGGAGAUUUUUAUAAUGGAAAAUUUCAAACACAGGACAGAGUAGAGAGACUGGUGUCCUGAACCCCAUACCCACACCACCCAGCACCAACAAAUAUUCACUGGUCUCUUCACCAUGCAUGGGACAUCUUCUUUUCUGGAAAGACCGAUCGGGCUUAGAAAUAGCAUCAAAGUCCUGGAAAAGGAUCAGACUUGAACCAACGCUUGAGCCAGAGCAGUCUCACUCUUAUCUCUAGGCUUUUUUUUGCGGGGCGGGGGAGCAUUCUGUAGAAGAUUUAACUCCCGCUACUUCUGGCAAAGAGCAGGAAUAGAUAAGGGUCAGCACCCAGGAUGUUUCUGCCGGGGUUGCCGAGUGGUAGACGUGAAACGUGGCUUUAUCCACAACGUUUUGUGUGUUUGGGAUGGGACCUCUAUUUUCUCCCUGAAAAGGUGGGUUUGGUGCAUCCCUGGGGGGUAUGAAUUUUCUUGGUGGCACUGAGCCCUGUUUCAUCCUCUGCCAGAUGAAAUAGCUAUGCUCAGACAAAGCAGGAAAAUGGGACUGGUUUUCUCUCCUUAAGCCAGUGGCUAAGUAUUGAGAUACAGGAGACCUCAUGCAGAUGAUGUUUUUGUCUUGGUGUAGCCGUUGGCCCUGCCUGUCUCUGUCACCCAGGCUGGAGUGCAGUGGCGUGAUCAUAGCUCACUGCACCUCAAACUCCUCAAGUCAUCCUCCCUCCUCAGCCUCCUGAGUAGCUGGGACCACAGACACAUGCCACCACGCUUGGCUAAUUUUUAUUUUAUUUUAAUUUUUUAAUUUUUUUCGAGGCAGAAUCUCGCUCUGUCACCCAGGCUGCAGUGCUAUGUUGCUCAGGUUGGUCUCGAACCCGUCCUGGGCUCAAGCAGUCUUCCCAACUUGGCCUCCCAAAGCUCUGGGAUUACAGGCACGAGCCAUUGUGUCCGGUCUGUCUGGUUUUUUAUGAGACAAAGCAGGGAGUCCCUGACUUUCCUGAAUAUUGUAGGCAGUGAGCGCUAACACAGGGUUCUUUCGUGCUGUGGAGGUAUUAUGCACACGCCACGCAGUUCGCCUAUUGUAAAUGUACACAUUGAUGAUUAUUAGUGCACACAUGUGGUCAGGCAGCCGUGGACACCGUCCUAGAAUUCAUUUUUUCUCCCUACCUCAGCAUGCUGUGCGGCGGGGACUGGGGGAGGGCCGCAUUCUCCCAAGUUUCCUGAGUGCUGAUGGUAACACAGUCAGGUGCCAGCACGGAGUUUUGUUGGACGAGCAGCUCAUGAGCUGAAUUUUGCAAUGAUUGGAUGAUUGUGCAUGGACUCAUCUCAUUAAAUUGGCGUGGUUUUGGUUUUCUUUGGGUUUUAUUAUUAUUAUUAUUUGAUUUUUUCAACCUGGUCAGUCUUAUUGCAAGUGGCGCAGUUUUGGAAGGCACCCAGGGAAGGCUACUUGGUUGGCAUUUGGAACUGUGUGGAAGGAGUGGAGGUGAGGUGGCCAGAGGCAGUGAGUGCCGAUUGUCCAAAGCCAGGCCCAAGAACAUGUGUCCCCUGCAGACACACCUUUUACCUCUGGCUUUAGAACAAGACCAGUUUGCUUGAUGUUUACUGAGUGCUUGCUCUGUGCCUGGCACUGUUCUGGGCACUUUCCACACAUUAACUUACUGACUGCUGCACAGAACCCUGUGGAAUGGGGAUUACCCAUUUUACAGAUAGGAAAACCAAAGUUUAAAAAAAGUCAAGGCCGGGCGCGGUGGCUCACGCCUGUAAUCCCAGCACUUUGGGAGGCUGAGGCGGGUGGAUCACUCAAGGUUUGGAGUUCGAGACCAGCCUGACCAACAUGAUGAAACCCUGUCUCUACUAAAAAAAAUACAAAAAAUUAGCCAGACGUGGUGCCGGGCACCUAUAAUCCCAGCUACUUAGGAGGCUGAGGCAGGAAAAUCGCUUGGACCCGGGAGGCAGAGGCUGCAGUGAGCCAAGAUUGCACCACUGCACUCCAGCCUGGGCAACAAGAGUGAAACACCGUCUCUAAAAUAAAAUGAAAUAAAAUAAAAUAAAAUAACUUGCCCAGGGCUGCACAGCCAAGAACUCAAGCUGGACGCAGACCCAGGCAGUCUGUGCUCCGAACUGCUGCCCACAUGACCUCUGAGUGGGAACAGGCUCCUGAUCUGGGGUGGGAGGAUUCUGGGAUGUGAAUUCUGGGAGGGGUGGGCCCGGGCUGCUGGGGGAGAAAUUUCUGAUGGAGAGAAGCCUUAGCCAGGCAAAGGAGAGGGCAUGGGAGGGUGCUCCCGGGGAGGGGUCGAGUGAGCACAGGCAGGAAGGUAAGAUUGAACAUUCCCAGGAAGCUGCAGCAGGGGCCAAGGCCUGGCCAGUCCAGCCUGCCCGCUGUGCUUCAGUGGCUGGCCCUUAGCAGGUGCUCAGUGAAGGCUGAGUGAAUGGAGGAGUGUUAUUGGAGAGGCGAGAUGGCUGGGGAUCUCGAAUCUCCUGCUUUUCCCUAUAGGAGUGAACAAGACAACUGGCCAGGCGCUGUGGCUCACGCCUGUAAUCCCAACAUUUUGGGAGGCCUAGGCGGGCGGAUCAUUUGAGGUCAGGAGCUUGAGACCAGCCUGGCCAACAUGGUGAAAUCCCUUUUCCACUAAAAAUACAAAAAUUAGCCAGGUGUGGUGGCGGGCACUUGUUAUCCCAGCUACCUGGGAGGCUGAGGCAGGAGAAUUGCUUGAACCAAGGAGGCAGAGGUUGCAGUGAGCUGAGAUCGCACUACUGCACUCCAGCCUGGGCAACAGAUUGAGACUCUAUCUCAAAAAAAAAAAAAAAAAAAAAAAAAAACAGUGAAUGGGACAGCUGGAAAAUACCCCCAAAUAUCCACCUGACAUUUUCAGUGUCUCUGCUGGGCCGGGAGUAGAUCUGGCCAUGCCCCACUGAAUCCUUCCUCCCUCCCACUCCUAAAUAUACAAGGCAGCUGUCUGGCUUGGAAAGCUAGAGGGCUCCCUGUUCUGCGAGCAGCUAUCCUGGUACCUUCCUGAUGGGAAGAUGGGCACCGGGCUGCCCACUUGUGAGCAUCUAGACCCCGACUGCCAACCCACCUUCUGCGGACCCAGAGGGCUGAGAUCUACACAACAAGGCCGUUCAUCACCAAAUGGAGAGAGAGGCAGGUUAGCGAAAGGGAGAGCAAGACCCUAGAUAUUUGCCUCUGCUCUUCAUCUAGUAAAUAACACAAAGAAUUGCAGAAAGUGGCAGCCUCAUCCCUGAGUGUCCCUCAGCCAGACUGGGGCAUAGGUCUUCUUACAUCGUCUUGUUUUUCUCCGGGAAGAAUCAGCCUUGAGUGUCAGACUUGAAUUACCUUAUUCCCAGGGGACACUUCCUGUGGCCAUUUCUAGUGGCAAGUGGCUGAGGUUGUACCCCUAAAUAAAAGUAGGGUUUUAAACUGGGUCACAAACUCACAUGCCCCCAGGGGUCAGGAAGGAGGCACAAAUGAGGGAGGCAGCCAGUGGGAGGCUCCAGGGCAGGGAGAGGACUGCGGCAAAGGAGAACAGCAUGUCCUGCACACAGGAGUGGCCUCUCUUACCUGAGGGAGUGGAGUCCUUGGCACUGUAGUAUUCCUUUUGAAGUCAAGAAUCCAGACUUUUUAAGAUGUUGGCAAAUAAUUCAGUGGGAUUUUUGUUUGUUUGUUUUUAAAGACAGAGCAUUGCACUGGUUUAAAAUACAACAUCUUGUGGGAUGAAUCUCCCCUCUCUGUAGAGGUGAGGAGGGCAAGGCUGAGAAGCUCAGCGGGGCUGGGACAAGAGCUGCACCUGCCGGCACCCAGCCUGGCCCUCUGCCUGCCUCCCCAUGCUGCAUCACAGACAAAGCAGUAGGGCUGGGAACCAGCUCAGCAGAUUCCACUGCGACAAAAGACCCCGUACUGGCUCCAAGGGACACAGCCCCAUGCCAGUGUUGCCCACCCACGUUAGCUCUCCCGCAGGAGGGCAUCACAGCAGCAGUCAGGACUUUGUGGCUGCCUUUUGGGUACCAGGCACAAAGCAUCUUGUGUCGUUGUCUCAUGCAAGUCUUUACAAUACAACACACACACCUUGUGGUUUCUGCUCUCCCCGUUUUACAGAUGAGGAAACCGAGACCUGGAGAGGUUUGAGUCACAUGACGGGGUGGGAGUUGAAUGUGAAUGUGACUCCUGAGCUGCAGCUUCUAACCAUCGAGUGAUGCACACUCUGAGGCCCACAGUGACAUGUGCAUGGCACCCUUGGCCUGAUGCCAGUGACCUUGCCCUCCACCUGUGUGAUGCAGCCUCGUUUCAACCCUCUACCAGGGCAUCACGUGCAGCAAAGAACACUGAGUGGGGAGUUGGUGGGGGGCCUCAGGAGCACAGGCAGCCCCACCUACGGAGGGACCGCACUGCUCACAAGGUUGCUGACUAAUUCUCUUUGCAAACGGUUCAGUUUCACAUGCUUGAGUUUCCAGUAACUAUGUGGGUGGAUUUGUUUCAUUUAAGGGGAAAACAAAACAAAACAAAACAAAACAAAACAUGGAGUUUUCUUUCCCAAGAAGAGGGCUCGCCAAUUACGGGUUUCACGCGUGCAGCUCCGGGCAUCCUGGUGCAGUUCUGCAGCCAGCGGGGCCUCUUGGCAGACGGGUUCAGAGGUGGAAAUUGCUUAGUCAUUUGCAAGCUGGGACCAGGUGCCCAAGGUCAGGGAGGUGGUGGGGCUGCAGCGGCACAGUGGUCUCCGGGUCCUGCUGAGGGAACCACGGUGGUCCUGUGUUCUUCCUGACUCAGCCUUGCCCUGGGCUAUCGGGGGGUGGGGACCUGGGUGAAGAGGAAGGUGCCAGGUCAGACAGCCGGCCUCCCUGAUCCUGGGGCUCCGGCACCCCCAGGAGACCUGGCCUGGGAAGGAGACCCUCCCUGUGGGUGAGUCACCUGCUUCGGGCAAUACUGAACACUGCGCAGCUUGCAGAGGUCUCCUGGCAGCCCUCCUUAGGAAUUCUGUCUGGCCCCGAUCAGAAUACUGGAGACGAGACCACGAGAUUGAUGAGUUUGCCUUGGGAGUCGGUAAGAAGGUGAAACCAGGGGUGAACAUGGGUCAGAAGGUCACUGGAGGGAUCAAGACUGUGGACAUGAGGGACCCCACGUACAGGCCCCUGAAGCAGGAGCUCCAGGGUCUGGAUUACUGCAAGCCCACCCGGCUGGAUCUGCUACUGGACAUGCCCCCCGUGUCCUAUGAUGUCCAGCUGCUGCAUUCAUGGAACAACAACGACCGAUCGCUCAACGUCUUCGUGAAGGAGGACGACAAGCUCAUCUUUCACCGGCAUCCGGUGGCCCAGAGCACGGACGCUAUCAGGGGCAAAGUCGGGUAUACCCGUGGGCUGCACGUGUGGCAGAUCACGUGGGCCAUGAGACAGCGGGGCACACACGCCGUGGUGGGGGUGGCGACGGCAGACGCCCCCCUGCACUCUGUCGGGUACACAACCCUCGUGGGGAAUAACCACGAGUCCUGGGGCUGGGACUUGGGGCGCAACCGGCUCUACCACGAUGGCAAGAACCAGCCAAGCAAAACAUACCCAGCCUUUCUGGAACCAGAUGAGACAUUCAUUGUCCCUGACUCCUUCCUGGUAGCCCUGGACAUGGACGACGGGACUCUGAGCUUCAUUGUGGAUGGACAGUACAUGGGAGUGGCUUUUCGGGGACUCAAGGGCAAAAAACUGUAUCCUGUAGUGAGUGCCGUCUGGGGCCACUGUGAGAUCCGAAUGCGCUACUUGAACGGACUCGAUCCCGAGCCACUGCCGCUCAUGGAUUUGUGCCGUCGCUCGGUGCGCCUGGCCCUGGGGAAGGAGCGCCUGGGGGAGAUCCACACGCUGCCGCUGCCGGCUUCCCUCAAGGCCUACCUCCUCUACCAGUGACGUUUGCCAUCAUACCGCCAGCGCGACAGCCACCUGGUGCCAACUCACUGAGCCGCCUGCCGCUGGGGCCGCCGCACCCUGCACCUUGGACCGGCAUCCAUAGCCAUGGACAGAGGUCCCUGGCCUUCCCUCAUCCUCCGUGGCUGCCUCCAUGGGACAAGGACCAAUUCCAACACAGGCUCCUCUUUCCCCCUUCCCAACAUCAGCAGAAGGCAACAUCCCUGCAUGCCGUCCAUAUACAACCCCUCUUUGAAAAAAGACACAGAAUAAACUCCUACGAAAGCCCUACAUUGAGCUCCAAUCUGCUCGGGGUGGGACGGGUGCUUCCCACAUCUCCGGGAGAAGGCUGCAGCCACCUGGGGGUCCCAGGGUGGUGGGGGUGGCAGGUGGUACCACAGCUCUGAGAGCAGAUACCAGGGGUACUAAGAGGUGCUUAGACAAGGGCUGGUGCCCGGCCCAGGGUGCCCAGCGGGGCCAUGCCAUGGCAGAUAAAGCUCAGGACGUCAAAAACUCACCAUGGACACCAAGGCAGAAACCAAGAACUGUCUGCAGGCAAAUAAGCACCCAGCACCCAUCCUGGCUGCCGGUGCCCCGUACCCUAUAUUUAUUCUUUUAACAAUAACAAAAGCCAUUUAUUUAUUCCAUCUAGAAAGGAAACCCUGUUUCAGUCCCCUCUCUCUGGCUGUUCUGUUACUUUCCUUCCACCUGUGCCCUCCCUGGGAUAUGUAUGCCUCGCCCGCCCUCCCUGGGCACAUGUGCACACGUGCCCAGGCACAAGUAUGUCUUUGGGUCCCUUGCCCUGCAGUUUCCAGGGGGCUCUGCUCCAAGUUCCCUAGCGGGCCCCUCAGGGAGAAAUAGCCUCACGUGCAAUCUGGGUGUCUUCGGGGGCCCGUCUGGAAGGGCUGCAGCAAUUCCCCUGUGUCUCCAGGUAACCAGCUAACUCUUGGGCUCAGGCACCCUUGCACGGGGUUGCAUUUCUUUAGUCUUCUGUGGGUCUUUUGGUGUGGGUUUGAUUUUGAUUUUGCUUUCUAGCUGAGAUUUCCCAAGUGCAUCCUCAGAAGCUCUGGGUGUGCCAGAGGACCCCCAGAACUAAGAAGGGAGGGCGAGUGGGUCUCCAUUCCCUGAGAAGCCAGGGGCAGGGUGGGAUGGGGAAGACCAGGAGCAGAGUCGAGCCUCACAGAAGCCAGCGCGGGUCUCUGCUCAGCACCCCAGCUGGGGCUCCGGACCCAGGGUAACAGCCCCAGUGCAUCCCAACCCCUCUCAGAGCCUCAAGAGGGGUAGCUCGGCUGCCGGAAGAGAGGGGUGCCCUAUCCCUGGCAACCCCUCCACGUAGCAUACCCCAGCACGUGCCACCGCCUUUGCCAUUUCUUUGAGCUUGAAGUUAACUCUCUUAGAGUCUAACUUUGGUUCAUUUCUGCACAGGUACAAUAGAUGACUUUAUUUGUUUAAAAUGUUUAAUAUAUAUACAUACAUAUAUAUAUAUUUGUCUGUAAGAAUUAUGUUUUAAACAGCUGCUGUAGAGUACCUUUUUUUAAGUAAAUCUUACAGUGGAGUAUAUUUUUUAAAGCACAAAAUUGGUGCCAAGACUGGGUGAGAAAUGUACAUUACCCCCUUAUUAUUUUGACGGUUUUUUUUUCGGGGCAGGGGACCUUACCUGUAAGACUUUUAAAGAUUUUCCUCCCUCCUGUUUCAGGUGGGUCACAUUCUGAUGAAUGUUUCCCUUGUACAGAUCCCAGCUUAUGGCCUUGACCCAGCCGUCCUCACAGAUGCCGGGUGACCCUCUAGCUCUCUCUGCAUCUCCCACCCCCCGACGCCCUGGGACCCUCGACCCCACCCUUCUUUCCUACCAGCCCAGAGCCUUGUGGCUUGUACAGUUUUGAAACUCCCGUUCUAUUUUAUGAUGGUUGAUAAUAGUCAGUAACCUAAUAAAGGAACGUUUGUUAAAAUAUCAAA